CUUUAAGACCGGAAAUAGGAGCUCUUCCAAAGCAGCUUGAAGCUAGGUGGAAGACUGGGAGAAUCCCAGCCAUUCCCACGUCAGCAUCCUUGUGGGCUAUAAGAGCGGGCUGCGCGGAGCCUGCCGGGAGAUGUAGUACUCAAAGCGGAUCGGCGCUUGCGCCCUGAGCAGUUGCCGGUGAGCUUGGGAGAGCCGUGGGCGCAGAGGCGCUGUAGGUGGCUCCCUCAGAUUAUUACAGAGAGGAAAUACCUGGAAUCUGAGACAUAGACCCCAGAUUAACUGUAAAAUUCUAGAAGAGGUGAUGGCUGUGGCCCUGGGUUGUGCAAUCCAGGCCUCCUUGAAUCAGGGCUCUGUGCUGCAAGAGUAUGACACUGACUGUGAAGUCUUCCGACAACGGUUCAGGCAGUUCCAGUACACAGAAGCUGCUGGGCCUCAUGAAGCAUUCAACAAACUCUGGGAGCUUUGCUGUCAGUGGCUGAAGCCAAAGAUGCGUUCUAAGGAACAAAUCCUGGAACUGCUUGUGCUAGAGCAAUUCCUAACUAUUCUGCCCACAGAAAUAGAGACCUGGGUGAGGGAACAGUGCCCAGACAAUAGAGAAAGAGUUGUGUCACUCAUUGAAGACUUACAGAGAGAGCUUGAGAUACCAGAACCACAGAUUGACAUGGAUGACAUGCUCUUGGAAGAACUGGCACCAGUUGGAACAGUACCCAUGCCACCCAACUUGCACCUGGAGGCACCUGAGCUCCAAGUAAUGGAACCUGUCCAGGAGCCCCCAGUGCCGGAAGCCUGGAUUUCACAAGCAGGACCACAGGAUCUGAACUACAGUGCUGAUGGUGAAUGCCAGUCCUUUCUCGACCCUGGUUAUCAGUUACCAAAGCUUGACAUGAACUUCCCAUUGGAUCAUAGAGAAGAGCCAUGGGUAAAAGAGUUAGAGGAUCCCAAAGAAAUGAAGCAGUUGCUUGAUUCCAAGAUUGGCUUUGAGAUGGGAGUAAAAAAUGAAGAAGAGUCUUCAAAACAGAAGAAACUGGAAAAUAUGUACCCAUUUGUUGUAACUUUAGAAGGGAAUGCUCUUCAUGGUCCUAUUCUGCAGAAAGACUAUGUGCAAUUAGAAAAUCAAUGGGAGCCACCCCCAGAGGAUUUACAGACAGAUUUAACAAAACUUGUAGAGCCUCAGAACUCCACUCUAGGUGAAACACCUGAAAGCUCCAACUUGGAAGAACCUCUCAACCCGAAGCCUCCAAAGAAAAAGAGUCCUGGAGAGAAACCUCAUCGAUGUCCUCAGUGUGGAAAAUGUUUCGCUCGGAAGUCACAGCUUACCGGGCACCAGAGAAUUCAUUCAGGAGAGGAACCUCACAAAUGCCCUGAGUGUGGAAAACGGUUCCUGCGGAGCUCUGACCUUUAUAGACAUCAACGACUUCACACAGGAGAGAGACCCUAUGAAUGUACUGUAUGUAAAAAGCGAUUCACUCGGCGCUCACACCUUAUUGGGCACCAGAGAACCCACUCUGAAGAAGAAACAUAUAAAUGUCUGGAGUGCGGAAAGAGCUUUUGUCAUGGAUCAAGUCUCAAAAGACAUCUGAAAACUCAUACAGGUGAAAAACCUCAUAGAUGUCAUAAUUGUGGGAAAAGUUUUAGUCGCCUGACAGCACUUACUUUGCACCAGAGAACACACACAGAGGAGAGACCUUUUAAAUGCAGUUAUUGUGGGAAAAGCUUUAGACAGAGACCAAGCCUUGUAAUUCAUUUAAGAAUCCACACAGGGGAAAAGCCAUACAAGUGUAGUCAUUGUUCUAAAAGCUUCAGGCAGCGAGCAGGCCUGAUCAUGCAUCAGGUCACACACUUUAGAGGACUUCUUUAAGAACUGUCAAGGGAAGCAGGUCCUAUGAUAGUUCACAUUGGACCUGCAGUAGCUGUUGAUCUUAGAAACCUUUGUUCUGAACUUAGAGCAAAGUACAGCUUUGAGGGGUGCUAUUAAAAAAAAAAUCUUUCAAGGUAUAGGAAUUCAAGAGUGUGUAUCUAGUCUUACAGUUUUUUUUUUUUUUCUGAAUUUAAUACACUCUGUCUUUUUCUGUUGUUUAAUUGCAAUGGAAAUAUUUGGUUCCAAGGCAACCGUCUGAUAAAUAUAGGCACAAAGCAUAUAAAUGGUGGCAGUUG